AUGACUGAAAUGCAGAGCAGUUUGUUAGUAAUCCACCCUGCGAUGACAGUGACGCCAGAAAAAGUGGCAAGCGUGAAGAAGAGCGCUCUCUUUUCGAACUCUGGGGUAGUAGACCAGUUUUUGAUCAACAAGUUAAACGAUUCAAGUGUGGUCUUGGAAGAUGGGAAGUACGAUCUGGUAUACUAUCUGACUCCGGAGAUACCCAGCCAAAUUCAGUUUCCUACCACACUGAUUCCAGUUCUUGCAAAAAGCUUGCAAGCUGGAGGAAGGCUGUAUGGAUUGAGCGAUAGUCUGAAGAUUGAUGCCCUGAUAAAUGGGCUGGAGAUUGUAGAUGCCAGGGAUGAUUACCAUUGGGUGAAGAAGGCGGGUUUUCAAGAUGUUGUGGCCGCACCAGUAGCGCUCAAAACAAAAGCGUCGUCAGGCGCAUCCAGCAUACAGGGUACUCAGAAAAUGCUCCCAACAUUCAAGAAGGCUAGUAGCUCGGUCACUAAAGCCCUUCCAACUUUCAAGAGAGCGGACUCUCCCUCUGUUAAUCAACUUGCAGAAGAUUUGGACAAUCUUGACGACGCUGAGGAAGGUGACGAUUCCGACGAGCUUACCGCAGCGAAAUCCAAGUUUUUUGAUGAUGUUGAGGGUCUGGACUCGGCCGAGUCCAUUGAUGAGGAAGAUCUGAUCGAUGAAGCCGAGCAAAACCUCAUCACCGUUGUGACCUGUGGUAAGACCAAAAACAGAAGACGUAAAGCAUGCAAGGACUGCACCUGUGGGAUGAAAGAACAAGAGGAGCAAAUGCUAGACGCAGCGAGGACGGUACAAGACCAAGUGCUCGGUAAAAAGGUCGAAUUUGACGAACAAGAACUGUCAGAGAUCGAUUUCACCAUUCAAGGCAAGAAAGUUGGCGGAUGUGGCUCAUGCUCGUUGGGCGAUGCUUUUAGAUGCUCUGGGUGUCCCUACCUCGGAUUGCCAGCAUUCAAGCCUGGCCAGCCCAUCAGCUUGACCAGCAUAGACGACGACUUGUAG